AUGUGGGUGACAGUGUAUUUUAGUUUCAGGAUGAUUGCUUCAGUAAGCCCUACCAUGAAUUCCUCAUCCUUCCUUCUUACUGGAUUUUCAGGCCUGGAGCAGCAAUACCCUUGGCUCUCCAUUCCUUUCUCCACUAUUUAUGCCAUGGUGCUUCUGGGAAACUGCAUGGUGCUGCACGUGAUCAGGACUGAGCCGAGCCUGCACCAGCCCAUGUUCUACUUCCUGGCCAUGCUGGCCCUCACUGACCUGUGCAUGGGGCUGUCAACUGUGCACACAGUGCUAGGGAUCUUAUGGGGGCUCAGCCAGGAAGUCAGCCUGGAUGCCUGCAUUGCCCAGUCCUAUUUCAUCCAUGGUCUGUCCUUCAUGGAAUCCUCUGUCCUUCUCGCCAUGGCUUUUGACCGCUACGUUGCCAUUUGCCACCCACUACGCUACUCCUCCAUCCUAACUAAUGACAAAGUCAUGAAAAUCGGAGUGGCAAUCUUAUGCAGGAGUACUUUACUCAUACCUCCAGUCAUCAUUCGCCUAAAGUUCUUAAAUUACUGCCGUCCCCACAUCCUCUCUCACUCUUUCUGCCUGCACCAGGACCUUCUCCGCCUAGCCUGCUCAGACAUUCGAUUCAACAGCUACUAUGCCCUGAUGCUGGUCAUUUGCACAUUAUUGUUGGAUGCUGUUCUUAUCCUUUUCUCCUACGUCCUGAUUCUUAAGUCAGUCCUGGCAAUCGCCUCUCAGGAGGAGCAGCAUAAGUCACUUCAGACCUGCAUCUCCCACAUCUGUGCUGUCCUCGUGUUCUACAUCCCUAUCAUUAGCUUAACAAUGGUGCACCGCUUUGGCAAGCAUCUCUCUCCCAUGGUCCACGUCCUCAUGGGCAACAUUUACAUCCUUUUCCCACCUUUGAUGAACCCCAUCAUCUACAGUGUCAAGACUCAACAGAUUCGUAGCAGAAUGCUCAGAGUUUUUUCUCUGAAAAUAUACUGA